GCAAAAAGACGAAGACCGCAUGCUAUGGUUGUUCGGAGAUUCUUCGAAUUCACGAUCUUAAAGUCAUAUGAUUCACAGCAAAUAUAGCAACAAAUAUCUCAAUUGGUAUUUUCCAAAGCCACGAAACGUGCAUUGAGUUUGGAGCGAUAUCUGAAGUGAAGAUUGAAGACGUGAUAGAAGAUGGACGACUACUGCUAUGCUAAGAUGGCGACGUCCGCUAAAAGAGAACAUGAAAGAGAAUCAGCGCCACCAACUUCCAGCAAAUCACCAACGGAGAUAAAGACGAAAGAUGAAGACGUCCAGCAGCUGAUCGGUAAUCCAGAAGAAGUUUCCCCUCAGUUAGGGGGGAGCUCCACUUUGAAGCAGGAGACUCCACAACCACCCUGCAUUAAAAAGGAAGAGGAGGAACUCUGCAUCACUCAGGAGGGAGAGUGUCUUCUAGGACGAGAGGAAGCUGAUUACACCAAGUUUCCACUGAGUAUUCUCUCUGUGAAGACUGAAGAUGAUGAAGAGAAACCACAAGUAGACAACCUCUUAGCUCCACUAUCAGAUAGUGAGGCUGAAGACGAGGUUGAAGAAACUUUGAGCAGCGAUAAAGACUGUGAAGGUGAUAUGAGGACUCACACUGACAACAAACACUCUGAAUACUCUACAAAAAAGAGAGGUAAAACAUGUUUGAGCUGCUCAAUUUGUGGUCAAAGUUUUACUAAAAAGAGCAAUUUGACUCAACACAUGAGAACACACACAGGUGAAAAACCAUUUAUUUGUUCAGUUUGUGGCAAAAGCUUUUCUCAAAAUAGCUUGUUGAGUCGACACAUGAGAACGCACACAGGUGAAAAACCAUUUAAGUGUUCAGUUUGUGGCAAAAGCUUUUCUCAAAAUAGCUUGUUGAGUCGACACAUGAGAACACACACAGGUGAAAAACAUUUUGCUUGUUCAGUUUGUGGCAAAAGCUUUUCUCAGAAAAGCUCUUUGACUCAACACAUGAGAACACACACAGGAGAAAAAACAUUUAAUUGUUCAGUGUGCGGCAAAAGCUUUUCUCGAAAUACCUCUUUGACUCAACACAUGAGAACACACACAGGUGAAAAACCACUUAAUUGUUCAGUUUGUGGCAAAGGCUUGUCUGUUAACAGAUAUUUGACUGAACACAUGAGAACACACACAGGUGAAAAACCAUUUAUUUGUUCUUGUUGUGGCAAAAGCUUUUCUUUUAAGGGUGGUUUGAUAGAACACAUGAGAACACACACAGAUGAAAAACCAUAUAAGUGUUCAGUUUGUGGCAAAAGCUUUUCUGUUAAGAGAAUAUUGACUCAACACAUGAGAACACACACUGGAGAAAAACCAUUUAGUUGUUCAGUGUGCUGUAAAAGGUUCGCACGUAAUGCAGAUGCAGUAAGACACUUUAGAACACACAAGGGAAAAUAACCAAUUAGCUGUUUAGUUUGUGGUAUGUUGCUCAUAUGUGGUGACAUCCACCCUACCUAGGACCUCCUCACUGCUUCUUUCACAAAUAUCCAUCAAUCAAUCAAUCAAUGUUUAUUUAUAUAGCCCUAAAUCACAAGUGUCUCAAAGGGCUGCACAAGCCACAACGACAUCCUCGGUACAGAGCCCACAUACGGGCAAGGAAAAACUCACCCCAUUGGGACGUCAAUGUGAAUGACUAUGAGAAACCUUGGAGAGGACCGCAUAUGUGGGUAACCCCCCCCCCCCCCCCCCCUCUAGGGGAGACCGAAAGCAAUGGAUGUCGAGUGGGUCUGACAUAAUAUUGUGAAAGUCCAGUCCACAGCGGAUCCAACACAUCAGCGAAAGUCCAGUCCAUUGUGGGGCCAGCAGGAAACCAUCCCGAGCGGAGACGGGUCAGCAGCGUAGAGAUGUCCCCAACCGAUGCACAGGCUAGCGGUCCAUCCCGGGUCCCGACUCUGGACAACCAGCACUUCAUCCGUGACCUGUGCAACUCCCCCUCCAUAAGGGAGAGGGGAUCAGAGGAGAAAAGAAAAGAAAAGAAACGGCAGAUCAACUGGUCUAAAAAGGGAGUCUAUUUAAAGGCUAGAGUAUACAAAUGAGUUUUAAGAUGGGACUUAAAUGC